UGCUCAAUGAACGUUUCCGCACAAACUGUUCAUCUACAGUGUUUGUGCAGAGUUCGUUCUUGUUGCCGGCAAGGCGCUGUAUAAUACGCUACCAUGCUCCGUAAGGGGGCUCUUUUUCUUGCGGUUUAUGUGGUUUUUUCCGUCUAUCUGGAAAAUGUACAUGGGCAGAGCAGUGACACUCCGGCCACGGGAGGUAGUAAUACCAAUACCCCGCCGACAACGACUCCGCAGCCAGAUACCGUGGAAUCAUACUGGCUAUGGACGGCCAUCGGCAUAGGUGGUGGGUUGGUCCUCAUUCUCCUCAUCGCAUUGAUUUACUUCGUGUGCCAGUAUCAGAAAGAGCACAAGCAAGUGCGCAAACUGCGCAGUGAACAUGCUCCUAUCAUUGAAAUGGACGUUGAGAAAGCCGUUGUCAAUGAUGCAUUCACCACCGAAGAUGAAGGCAGUUUUGUGGAUGACAUCCCCACACGUUCCCCAACGAUUGCCGUCCAAACCAGCCGGAAACAACAGCAGCAACAAGCCCAGCUGCCCAACGGCUACCCGGCCGCUCCCGAACUGACCAACGUCCGCGUGCCCACGGACCGUCACAGCCGGGUGCUGAAUGACGACCGCCCGCGCCGCGGGCCCUCCUCCAUGAACGGCGACGACCGGCGGCGUGUUCGGUCCCCCUCCGGCCGCCUCGAUGAUCGGCGCUACCCGGAGGAGGAGGACCGGCGGGGUAGUGCCAACCUGGAAUCCCGUCCGCGACGCUCGCAGUACGACGAGGAAGUGGGCCGGUACAAAUCACCCCGCCGACGAGGGGAGGAUGAUUUUGAGACGAUGAGCUCGCAAAUGCCCCGGUAUCGGGAUCGGGAUUACCGGCCGCCGAAGAAGACGCGCUCGAUCCCGGAUUUGGACAGGAUCGAUGAGAUUGAGCGCACACCUUCCAAACGGAUUCCCGCCGGUGGCUGGUCGUAUUUGCCGGGCGCCGUCGAUGUAUACCGCGGAAUCCCCAAAGCCAGCGUCGACCCCAAAACCGAGGAGCGACGCGACAGGAAGACGUCCGGCCAGCGCAAUGACGGCUUCAUCCUGAAGCCCAACCGCAGCGUCGAUGAUCUGGAUGACCGGCGCCUCAAGGCGGAACGUUCCCGCAGUCCGCCGGGCGACGAACGGCAGUGGUCGCGGGAUGCCGGCAACCGGCGGUCGCGCUCAUCGGAUGUCGGCGGGAGACGCACAGGAGACCAGAAGCGGGAUGCCUAUGGACGGCCGUAUUAUUAAUUAUUAACGCGGUUGGAUUUAUACAUAAAUUUUUACGUUUAUUAAAUAAUACUAUCUAAUGCCUAUUAAACAUAUAAUUAUCACGAUAGCGGCUUCGGCAUGCUCAGACAAUGUCUGCAAAAUGGUGUACUGAAAAAGGGGAUGAGUGCUUCUAGUCCGACUGUUUUCAUUGUUUUUGUUAGUGUUGUUCUUCUCGAUAAUACAGGAGUGUGAUUUCUUUUUUUGUGAUCCUUUGUAUUCAAAAUUUUUAUUAUUUCGUUGACUUUUCCGAUACAUGCAAGAUUAAUAAAUUUAACAACUAAAUAA